UGAGUACGAGAAUAGCUUAAUACCUGAGCUGGGCCCACUACUGUGCCAGCCAUAGCCAGAUAACUCACUUUCUCUUCUUAGCCUUUUAUAAAUUGUCCCUCUCCUUCUCCUUCCCCUUCGCAAUUCACUUCCAAUAUUCUUCCGUUGCUUGAGGUAAAUUAACAUGGGAAACAUGUCAAAUGUGGUCGUGUUCUGUUUCUGUCUAUGGACCCUGUUGUUUUCUCUUGUGUUCUGUGCACCCAACGACGGGUUGGGAAGGAUUGGACUGAAAAAGGUGAAAUUGAACACCCAUGACGUUGAGGGGUUGAAGGAAUUUCGGUCUUCAAUUAGAAAGCAUCAUCUUCAAAACAUCCUUGGAGGCGCUGAGGAAACCGAUGUUGUUGCGCUGAAGAAUUACUUGGAUGCUCAGUACUAUGGUGAAAUAGCCAUUGGUACCCCUCCUCAGAAGUUCACUGUGAUUUUUGACACCGGUAGCUCUAAUUUGUGGGUGCCGUCAUCCAAAUGUUACUUCUCGAUUGCAUGUUUCAUGCACGCAAGGUACAGGUCUAGCCAAUCCAGUACCUACAGGGAAAAUGGUACUUCUGCUGCAAUUCAAUAUGGUACUGGAGCAAUUUCUGGUUUCUUUAGCAAUGACGAUGUCAAAGUUGGUGACAUAGUUGUAAAGGACCAGGAAUUUAUUGAAGCAACUAGAGAACCUGGAGUUACAUUUGUGGCUGCUAAGUUUGAUGGUAUACUAGGACUUGGAUUUCAAGAUAUAUCAGUUGGAUAUGCUGUUCCAGUGUGGUACAGUAUGGUUGAACAAGGUCUUGUAAAGGAUCCAGUAUUUUCAUUUUGGCUAAAUCGGAAACCAGAAGAAGAGAAUGGGGGGGAGCUUGUUUUUGGAGGUGCUGAUCCUGCUCACUACAAGGGCAAACAUACUUAUGUACCAGUUACACGGAAAGGAUAUUGGCAGUUUGACAUGGGAGAUGUGCUUAUUGCUGGUAAACCCACUGGAUACUGUGCUGAUGACUGCUCAGCAAUUGCGGACUCUGGAACUUCUUUAUUGGCUGGUCCAACGACUGUGGUUACUAUGAUAAAUCAAGCAAUCGGAGCAUCUGGAGUUGUAAGCAAAGAAUGCAGAUCCGUUGUCAAUCAAUAUGGACAAACAAUCUUGGAAUUGCUCUUGGCUGAAGCAAAGCCAAAAAAGAUCUGCUCACAAAUUGGAUUGUGUACCUUUGAUGGGACUCAUGGUGUUAGCAUGGGUAUUGAGAGUGUGGUGGAUAAGAAUGAAAGAAAAUCAUCUGGUAGCAUUCGGGAUGCUGGUUGUUCUGCAUGUGAGAUGGCUGUUAUUUGGAUGCAGAACCAGCUGAGGCAGAAUCAGACAGAGGAUAGGAUAAUAGACUAUGCCAAUGAGCUUUGUGAUAAAUUGCCUAACCCAAUGGGACAAUCAUCGGUUGACUGUGAAAAGCUCUCUUCAAUGCCUAUUGUUUCCUUCACUAUUGGUGGAAAAGUUUUUGAUCUUUCCCCUCAGGAGUAUAUACUGAAGGUGGGAGAAGGUCCUGAAGCCCAAUGCAUUAGUGGCUUUACUGCUUUAGAUGUUCCUCCUCCUCGUGGCCCUCUAUGGAUCCUUGGAGAUGUCUUCAUGGGGCGUUAUCACACAAUCUUUGAUUAUGGUAAGCUGAGAGUCGGAUUUGCUGAAGCAGCAUAGAGAAUGUUCUUGAGUCUCACCGGACGACAACCGCACUUUUUUAGUAGUUUAUUUUCUUUCGUCUUCUUUUUUUGGGUUCAGAAAAUUGGUUAUACCAAACAAGAUAUUACAUCAUGGAAGCACAACUUCCAUCUGAAUAUUUUCAACCGUUACCUGCUUAUAGUUUGUAUACCUUUGCCGUCAGAAUGUGCCUAAAAUUGUGGUUGUAUAUAUUAAUAUCCUCACAGUCCCUCCCCCAAUGUAUUGAAUAGCUUAACAGAUGAAUGUGGGAUGGUGGGGCUGUUAGGCUAUAUGGCCAUAAUAGGGGUUCUACUAUGCAUGCUUGCUUAGUUGAAUGGUGUGAAUAUGGCUUUUGUGAUUCCUUAUUUUCUUGCAGUUCUUUAUGUUUGGCAAGAUGCAUCCAUGAUA